AUAUCUAAUUUCUAUAUAAAGAAAUGAAAAAAAUACAAACACAAAUUAAAGCCAUAUUUAAAGUUUAUAUGUAAGUUUAGAACAAUCAGGAGAUAAUACAGCAAAAUAUUCCCAAUCCCAAGCCUUGAAGUAUCAGUUCUGGAACCUUAACACAGAUAUCAGAAACACAAAUUUGAUACUUUGUACACUAUCUUUGUAGCGAUAAAUAAGAUGUGCUCAAAAUCUGCUUAGCCAUGUAAUUGUUGUUUUUUAAGUGUCUUACGUUCCAAAUUGUGAAGAGGAGAAUGAGACAGAUAAUUUGUUCCAGGAAUGUUUAAAGGUAAAAUAAAUGAUUUAAAAACAAACAAAAAACACCCAGAUAUGAGCAAAACAAUGGAUAAUGCCAUGGUCUCAUCUUGGCAAAAUUAUCAAUGGUCUUGUUGAUAUUCAGGUGUUUUGAAGCUUCACAUUCACAGGCUUCAUUUAUCACAAUUAUUAUUUGUAACAGGAUAAUACCUCUACAGCCCCAGGCAGGUGCAAUAGAGGACAGUAGACCGGUACUAUUAAGAUUAAGAGGAUUGUCCAUCUGUAUCGUCUCAGUUGCUGACUGGUGGAAGCAGAUGAGGAGGCAGGGUAGGUUGAAGCUAGUGAAGCGAAGGAAACUAAUCAUGGGAGCUGUAGGAGAAUCCCAGCUCUUGGAGGAGGGGACUUGACUGUGUGGUGCUACAAGUAAGAGCUCUGCCUGGGACUGGGGCAUAUACUACAAGCAGACCUCUGAUAUGAAACUUGGGGGUGGGGCAGAUGCCCCCCAACCCUUCCUAAAUGGCACCCCUCAAUCCUGCCUGGGACAGCCAUUGCAAGUAAAGGCCAGCUUCAUUCCUGUAUUUCGAGGCUGAAGCAUGCUCAGUUGCUCUGUGGGAAUGGCACCAUGUGUAGUCUGAUCACCAUUAGGAGUUGUCAAAGGCUCAAGCAUGCUCAGUGAGGAAGGAGUCUUUGGAUCUAGCAAGUCUCUGCUGAGUAUUGCAACUGGUAUUUUUUUCCCAGAUGUUUAUGACUUGGCUAGAUUUGGGCAGAUUUACACAGGAAGAGCUAGAGACCCUUUCCUGAUACAAAGGCCAGUCUCUGGCCCAAAGCAUGGGGGUGCUAGCGCUUUCCGAAAAAAAGGUCACCAGAAUCUUUUUAAAAUUGAAAAAGGUGUAUUUUUCCCUAGUCUCAUUCUUAAAUGGCUGGACCAUUUUGCUGAAAAUUUCCAAGAAAAUUCAGCUUGAGACAGAUACCCAGCAUGGAAAAUUUGAGCCUGAAUGGUUGAAGUUUCCUUGCAGUCUUCUUGUAGCCAUGUUGGUUCCAGGAAAUGAGAGGGACAAGGUAGAUGAGGUAAUAUUUUAUUCGACCCACUUCUGUUUGUGUAAGGUUGCUUGAAAACUUGUACACAGAGCUCCUCUUCGGGUCGAGGAACAGAAGCAGUGUGUCUGAGCUAAAUACAAGUUGGGACAGAUUAAGCUGAAGGAGUAACAUAUUGGAGGUGGUCACUUGAAAUUAAUGUGCAGUUGGGGUUAGAUUGUUAUGCAUAAAGGAUUUGAAGUGGGCAAUUAAGGGUAGCAGGCAGUAUGGUGUGUUACAAAUUGUUGUAAUGAGCCUUCAGACCAGUGUCCCUGUUUAUGUUCAUGGCUUUUGUCCACGUCUAUCAGAGUUAUGAAUGUAAAUUCCCAGGCUCACCUUUUGAUGGUGUUAUGCGUUUUUCAUUGAGGACAAGUAUUGAAAGAUCAGCUAUGGAGUGAUCUCUUUGUGAAAAAGUGUUCUCUCAUGGGUGAUAUGUUUUUGUCUUUUAUCGUUUUUCUGUGUGAGUUCAGAGCAUAGUGGUUGUCUGGUUUCACCCACAUAGAUGUUUUUGGGGCAUUUGAUGCACAUGAUGAGGUACCACCACCACACGUUCUAAUAAGCAUGUGAAGGACCCAAGAAUCUUGAAAGGAUCUACAUAAUCUAGAUUUGAUGAUUGGAAUUGCUUCCGGAGGUAUUGCUGUGUACAGAAAAUUUAUUUGCACAAGUUUCUAUCCCUGGAUGAACAUAUUAAAAAUUUCUUUUAAAAGGAAAAAAUUUUUUAUACAACAACGGCAAAAACAUAAUGAAUCCAGAGAACAUAUAGUUGCCUUCAACAUGCUAAAUUACAGAGCAUGCAAAAAUCUAUGGAAAUCUUGUGUAGAGCAUCACACGUUUUUUCAGACAAAGUCGUCACUACCUCAUGAAAGAAAGAUAUUGUCCCAUUAUUGGACCUUUGGUUCUAGAAACCCAACAAAGUCUGUAAACAGCCACUACUGCAGAAAAGUCAUAGGUGGGAUGGUAUGGAACCCAACUAUGAGGAGAUCUUUAUCGGUUGAACAUCUAGAGACCAAAAGCCUGCCUUCUCGGUCUCCUCCUGUGACCCCUACUUGGAGGAGUCCUAGACUACGUCAUGAGAUUCGUAAACCACGACACUCUUCUGUAGACAACCUUACAAAUGAGAUUGCCUAUAUUACAGAAACAGAGGAUGUUUUUUACACGUAUAAGGGUUCUUCAACAUCAAAGGACAGUGAUUCAGAGUUCUCCCAGAACCGCAGUCCACGGAGGAGGUCAUCUGAACAAGAAUCACCAAAGAAUGUAUUGGAAAAUAGUCCAACACAGAACUGUCUGACUCAUACCUCACCGAUUGCCUUGUCCCAGUCUCCCAAUGGAGUUGGUAACUUUUCAGGCUCUUAUCCAUUGGAUGGGGUGGACAAACAGUUUUUAGAAACAUAUGACAAUGUCACAAAAGGGAGCUUAACAGAAGAUUCCAGUCUGUACUACUGUGAUAAGAAUGAAGUAAUUGAUGGAGAUUUGCUUUUGGUGCGAAUCACUCCAGAUGAAGAUGGGAAAUUUGGAUUUAAUCUGAAGGGUGGUGUUGAUCAAAAAAUGCCUCUGGUGGUGUCAAGAAUAACUCCAGGAUCAUCUGCUGACACGUGUAUUCCAAAACUGAAUGAAGGUGAUCAGAUAGUGUUAAUCAAUGGUCGAGACAUCUCAGAGCAUACUCAUGACCAAGUGGUAAUGUUUAUAAAAGCCAGCAGAGAAUUGCACACAAGAGAGCUUGCACUUCUGGUCAGGCGGAAAGUUGCCCAACCCUUCGUUGAGACCAAGUCAGAAGAUGAAGCAGAUUCCCAGAACUUUCUAGAAUCCAUUCUUCGCACGUGUUCAGAGUACGGUGACACACUAGAGGGGUCUAUGGAACAACUGAAGAAAGGGCUGGAAAGUGGGACAGUACUCAUUCAAUUUGAGCAACUUUAUAGAAAGAAGCCAGGGCUGGCUGUUACGUGUGCAAAAAUACCUCAAAAUAUGGACAAAAAUCGAUACAAAGAUGUUCUACCUUAUGAUGCCACACGGAUAAUAUUGCAGGGAAACGAAGAUUACAUUAAUGCGAAUUAUGUGAAUAUGGAAAUUCCGUCAGCUGGCAUUGUGAACAGAUAUAUCGCCACUCAAGGUCCUCUUCCACAUACCUGCGCACAUUUCUGGCAGGUAGUCUGGGAUCAUAGGUUAUCGCUGAUCAUCAUGUUGACAACCCUCACCGAACGAGGACGGACCAAAUGUCAUCAGUAUUGGCCUGAUCCACCAGAUAUAAUGGAGUAUGGCAACUUUCGUGUCAAAUGUCAAUCUGAAGAUUGUACUAUUGCCUAUGUUUUUAGAGAAAUGGUGAUUACAAAUAUUGAGACAGAGGAAGAGCACACUAUCACCCAUCUCCAGUAUGUUGCUUGGCCUGAUCAUGGUGUUCCUGAUGACUCCAGGGACUUUUUGGAGUUUGUCACCUGUAUGAGGCCAAAGAGAGUGGAGAAUGAACCGGUCCUUGUUCAUUGCAGUGCUGGAAUAGGCCGCACUGGUGUAUUGGUCACUAUGGAAACAGCCAUGUGCUUAAUUGAAAGAAACCAACCUGUUUAUCCCCUGGAUAUUGUACGAAAAAUGCGAGACCAGCGAGCUAUGAUGGUGCAAACAUCAAGUCAGUACAAGUUCGUGUGUGAAGCUAUUCUUCGUGUUUACAAAGAAGGAUUAGUUCGACCACUGGAUUCCAGUUAGUACAGCUGUGAAAGGAUUAAUUUCAUCUUCUAAAAACACCGGUUGUCAUAAAGCCAGGGUCUCAUUUCUGUAGGUGACUAGAGAAGUCAUCAAAAGCCCAUGGGAAGUCAGAUGAGCACAUUUGAGCUGUGGCACUUUAAAUUUCCAUAGACAAUUACUAAGUCAUGUACAGUAUAUAGAAGACAUGUGUAUAUAUAUAUAUGUGAGCAGUUGUGCAUAAUAUGCAUUAUAUACUUACUGAAAAGAAAUAAUCAAGGAAACUUUAGUACAUAACCUGCAUCUUUUACUGCUGUAAAAACAAGUUUUCCUCUAGAAUUUACUUUAACCCUGGUGUUUACCAUUCUAAAAUACAAAAGGAAAACCAGCAGUAUUAAUAAAAAAGUGCCCCAGUUAAUGAGGUAUUGAGUGUCUUCAUCUCCUACUGAAGUCCAUGGGAGUUGAAUGCUAAACACCUUGCAAGAUUGGGACCAAAAUAUUGAUAUACAAAGUAGAGUUGGUCAUAUUAUUUGGUUCCUGGAGGUUUGUCAAACAUUUUACAUAAAUAGAAUGCCAAGGGCUAAACCCUAAACGUGUCCAUUAAGAGCCGGAGUAAUUAAAGAAUUAACUCCCAUCAACCUGAUUGCAAAUAUGCCGGUUAUACUAAUAAACUUUUGAUAAAUCAAACAUAGCAUACCUGACCCCCAAACUAAUGCUGCUUUGCAGGUUUUAUUGAGAUCUUCCACAGCUUGAAUUUUCCAUUUUCUUGACCUUUCAAUAGUUUACCUAUUUCCUGUAGCCUCUUCCGUUCUACUCCUUUGCACCCUAAUAUGGUACUUACUUAAUUUCACUAUGUUUUCUUGUGGUUUUUCUCUUUAUAGACUGAAAACAUUUAAACUAAAAGUUAGUCUCAUUUAUCUUUGUUUCCCAGUGUAUUUAUUAGUUCUCACAUACAGGAGUGGACUAAUAUUGCACACCAACUGCUAUAUGGCUUACUAUACAUGCAAACUGGCCCAAUCCAGUGUCGGAAAAAAUGUACUACUGAACCUAUUAAACAUGUUGCUGCUAACUCAAGAUGUAAAACUUGCAAGGACACAGAGGCUACUAGUGUUCAGAUGAUAAAACAUUGACUUCAUUGCCAUUCAAUAGAAAUCUUAUUCUAAUUCAGUGGAAUGCAGUAGUGUGAGGUGCCUCUUUCAUGCUUCUUUCCUUUGUAUAAAUGAAAUUAAGUUCAUAUGAAGACUUCUACGUAAAGAGAGAGAAUUUAUGCAUUGCUAAAUAAUUCACCCUAAGGUACAAUGGUCUCAGUUUCAUUUCAAAGGGGAGAAUUGGACUUUCUGAACAAUAUAACCACAAUUGUAUGACAUUAAUUUAUUCUGAAUACGCUUUUUGAUUGUCCUAGAUAAUUCUGCAUUUGUGAAUAGUAUGUUAAUUUUUUUAAAAAAAUGUUCUAUGAGAUUGUAUAUAAUUCUGUUAUUUAAACAUUCGUUCUAAAUAAGGAAAGUUGUCUAAAAUUUAUAUUGGACAUAUAAGCCAGAGGUUUGUGUGUGUAAAAAAAAAACCAAAAACAAUCUAAUUUUCUCCUAAUUUAUAUAUAUAUACACACACACACACACACAUGCUUUUUAGAACUAUAAUUUGUAUUAUGAGUGCUGUCAUUUGUAUUUGACAACAGAUUAUUUUAUAGAAACUACUACACCUGGAGAUGCUGCAAUCUUUAAUGACAUCCAAGAGACUUUUUUUCAGAAGAAGAUGGUUUGAAAGCAGGUGUAGUUCAUUCUAGAUCACUCACCCUUCUGGUGUGCAGAUUGGUCCCUUCUUGGAAAUUACAUCAUCAGUCGUAGUUGGUGGGGGAGAGUUUUUUGGUACUUUUCUUUAGUCAAGACGUUCAUACUAGUCAGAACAAAUGGGUUAUAUGGCAGCCUAACUAAUGUGUAUCAGUUGAAGAGUGAGUCGUUUUUCAUAUUCUUUCAAAUAUGCUAUUCAAGAUUUAUCUUGAAUUGGUGCUUGUCAUAUAUUGAACCACUAUUAUCUGGUGGAUUGGGCAUGGACUAGAAUUCAAGAGAGUGGUUCUAGCCCAGAUUCUGAUACUAUUUUGCUUUGACUGUGGCAAGUCGUUUAACCUCUCUGUGCCUCGGUUACCCCAUAUAUAAAAUGGGGCUGCUCGUGCUUAUUACCUUUGUAAAGCGUUUUGGAAAAAACACAUGAAAAAGUACUAUAUAUGUGCAAAUUAUCUGUUGUUGUUAUCCUUAUAAUACAAAACUUUUAGGUGUUAAAAAUUGUUGCUGCUGCUAGACUGGAAAUUUGGCAACUGCAGAAGGCUCAAAGCACUAAAGGAGCCAUAUCUCCCAUCUGAUUCACUGUCAGGAGGUUUCCUUUUAUUAUAUCUUUAGUCCCCUUUGCAUCCAAUCAGCACUUUCAGAAGUAGCACUGCCUCCUCCCCCACUCCCACCCUCCAGGUCCUUGAGAAGAAGUGCUGCUUACAGUUCAUCUUACGGGCAAUUGAUAGUGUGACUGGAGCCCAAAAAAGAAGUGGAGCAAAGAGUCUAAGAGAACAGCAUGAGAACAUUUACAGACUCCCUCGUGGUAUACAUUUGAUUCCUUAAAAUAUUUUAUUAUUUUUAACCUACUUGUGUUCCAGGAGGUUAAUGUAUUUUUGCCACUAGUCAUGCUCCUCUUUAUUGUGUCAACCAUAUGAUGUACUUACCAAAAUGCAAUAAGUUUCUUCCAGUACAUAACUCCAGUAUCUUCCAGCAGUGCUGUACAGCUUUGCCUUAUACGUUAAUGUCCAUGUAAUGUUAAGAAUGUAGUCAGAUUUUGCUAUAUAAAGCUUUUCCUAUUUGGUCUGGAUAUCUCUAGAGAAAAGAAUGGAUUUUUAUUUUGAAUUUCUUCAAUUAAUACUUGGAUUCUCAGAGAACAUAUAAGGCACUGAUACCUGCUGUAGCAUUAACUUGAAAUAGCCAUUUAAAAAAGGCAAUUUGAUAAUAUCUGUAAUUAGUCUAUACUUUUUAAGAUCAAAAGAGCAAAUCUUAAUUUGAAAAUUGACCAGUCUACUACUAUUUCACAGUCUCGCUGGGUUUUGCACAUGUACAGUAAGCCUUUUUUUUUUUCUUUUUUUUCUUUAAGUGCACAACAUGGGCCUUCGGGGAAUGAAUGCCUUCCUUUUAUCGAAUAAUGUGUGGUGAUUUUGCACUGGAUUAUAAACCUUAAAAUUUGAUCUUGCAACAGAAGCAUAAUAAAUGAAAAGUCUUUUCAACUCUGAUGUUUUUGUCACAAUUGAAUAAAUUUUAGCAAGAUGUGUGGGUAAUUAUAUAUGCAUAUAAUAGUUACUUGAUUAGUAGUAUGAGUUAGGCUCAUACUCACUAAAAUACUUAUCUGCCAGGGUGGAGUAGACAAGUAAAAGGAGAUGCUAUGAAGUCAAGAGUCCAUAUAAACCAACACAAGCAUGCUUACCUCAUUUUUUCUUGUUAGUAUGCAGUCAAUUAAUUAAAAUAGUAUAGUACUCAAAAUUCAUAGCUUGGAAAAAAUAGGCCUUAUGUAUUCUUGUCCACUGGAAAAAGUACUAAUAUUUAUUCUUCUGAAGUAAGAAAGGUAAACUUUAAACCAAAGUAGCUUUAUAUUUGCUACUAAAACAAACCAAAAUGCCUGUUACAAGUGUCUCCAGAAUUUUGUCAAAGGAGCACUACAGAGCCUUGCAUGUGAUGUUCCAUAGCUGUAGUAAGAGUGGCAGAUUUUACAAAUAAAAAUGGUGCCAUAAACCCAAGUAUGCCUUUAGUAUAUUAUGUCUAAUCCAGUUAAAAUACAACCAAAAAGAAAAGCUAGCUAAGAUUACAUACUUGUUGUAUAGUACUAGUUACGGAGACCAUAAAUAUACCAUAUUGCACUUGUGGGAUUGUGCCAAAAUAUCCCCACAAAUUCUUCAAUUUUGUUUGCAGUAGCCUUGCCAUUAGAGCUUUGUACUCAAUUAUGUGUAAUUAAAAUGUACCUUAAUUGUUCAGCAAUAUAUUUGAUCGUACAUCUCAUUUCUCUUACCAUGCAUCUAAUUUUUUGCUUUCUAUGAAAAAUAUUCAGUACAUUGUUUUGAAAGAACAGAAGCGCUGAAACAGUACUGAACGGUGUGUUUGUUUUAUUCCAAAUGUAAUAAUUUAAUAAUUAACCAACAAGAAAAAAAUGGUAUUCCUAGUAGGUGGUGUCCUUAUGUGCCAAAAUGAAAAUUUUAAAAUAAAACAGGUGUCCAAUAACUAAAAACCCUGCUUUAAAGGCCUGCUGGGUUCACACUUGAUCAACUUAAAAAUAAUCAGAAUAGUGCAACUAAAAUAUUAAUAUGAUCCUCCUCAAACUUUCUUAACGAUGGUGUUAUUCUGAAAUGUCCUUAAAGAAAGCAUUUAGAGGUAAAUUGAUUUUAUUCAUUCACAUAAAGACUUUCUAGAAAUAAUGUGCAAUAGGAAAUGUUUAUAUUUCCAUUGUUAACCCUACAAUUAUUCUAAUUGUUUAAAAGCUUGUAAUAAUUGAAACUAUAUAGAAGCUAAAGUUGUUUCAUGAAACACUUUUGUUCAAAAGGAAUUGAAAGCCAAGUGAAUCAUUAAUUCAUUAUUUAAAACGUAAUGUUUUGAUUAAAUGUGUUCUCUUGCAUGUAGGAUCUGACACUGAUAGUGUUAAACCAUCUCAGGUGACUCUGUUCUAACAAUAGCAUUAUAUCAAUGGACUAAGCAUGAUAAUUUUAUGUUAUAUGAUUGGUUUCAACAUUCAAUAUAUUUUUUUCCAAUCGUGCAGUUGCACGGUACAGUAGACGUCCGUAUAAGAACGGUUAUACUAGAUCAGACCAAUGGUCCAGCUAUCCCAGAAUCCUGUCUUCUGACAGCCAGAUGCUUCAUAAGGAGUGAACAGAAUGGGGCAAUUAUUGAAUGAUCCAUCCAAUUUCAUUCAGUCCCAGAUUCUAGCAGUCAGAGGAUUAGGGACACCCAGAGCAUGCAAUCUCUGAAUAUCUUGGCUAAUAGCCAUUGAACUUCAUGAACUUCUUUUUUGAACCCAGCUAUUCUUUUGGCCUUCAUAACAUCCCCUGGCAACAAAUUCCACAGAUUAACUGUGACUUGUGGGAAGAAGUACCUCCUUAUGUUUGUUUUAAACCUGCAGCCUGUUAGUUUCAUUGGGGGACCCCUGGUUCCUGUGUUAUGUGAAGGGGUAAAUAACAUUUCCUUAUUUACUUUCUCCACACCAGUCAUGAUUUCAUAAACCGCUAUCAUAGCCCUCCCCAUUAGUUGUCUCUUUUCUAAGAUGAACAGUCUGUCUUUUUAAUCUCUUCUCAUAUGGAAGUUGUUCCACCCCCCUAAUCAUUUUUCUUGCAUUUCUCUGUACUUUUUUCCA